AUGUCGAUAUCCAGCUUUGCGCAGACGCAACAGCGUCUCCUCCUUGCCGAACAUGAAGACGAGAUAGCAUCUUCUCCUCUCUCUUCCAGCACCGCAGCUGCAUCCGCAUCGACUCGCCGGGCACUGCAGCAGGCCGGCCAUGCACUCACCGGCCUGGUUCUCACCAACUGCCGGACAGGCAUGGGUGGUCGAGAAGUGGGUGAAGUCAGCCUUGAUACCGCUCUAUCUGGACCAGGACGAGCAAAAGGCACCGGUAAGGGAGUCGAAAGGGAAGAAAAGGGCGAAGAUGGUGCUCGACUGGGUGUGCAUGGAAUCACUGUGGGAGACAUCGUGAGGGUCGAGGAGAUUUCUUCUGGCAAGACAACAACCCGAUCCAAGGCUGGCAAGGAUGACGAGAGGAGUCAGAGAGGCCUCGAGGGGGUUGUCACUCGCGUUGGAGAGAGAUCUAUCUGGGCUGCCUUUGGGGAUCGAGGGAAGGGGAAGCAGGACGAUGACGGAGUCGAUGAGCUUUGGGGCCGCAAGCUCUGGCUGGUCAAGCUAGCGAACGAUGUUACCUAUAGACGCAUGAAUCAAACGAUGAUGAAGCUGGAGAAGAUGGAAGAAUCAGAGUAUUCUCAGUUAAUACGAGUGCUCUUCGGCCAUACUACGCCUUCGCCUCUGGAUCUUGAAUCAGUUGGGCCGCUGGAAUUCAUGGAUCCGUCUCUGAAUGACUCCCAGAGAGAAGCCGUCCGCUUUGCUCUGGCAUCUAGAGAAAUAGCCCUGAUCCAUGGACCGCCAGGCACAGGCAAGACGCACACGCUGAUAGAGCUGAUACGCCAGCUGGUCCUGCGCAAAAAACGCAUCCUAGUCUGUGGCCCAUCAAAUAUCUCUGUCGACAAUAUCGUCGAGCGUCUUGCCUCGCAUAAGGUCCCUCUGGUCCGAAUUGGGCAUCCGGCACGUCUGCUGUCUUCGGUCCUCGAUCAUUCCCUCGAGGUUCUGUCUCAGACUUCCGAGGCUGCUGCCAUCGUGAAGGACGUCAGGAAGGAAAUCGAUGCAAAGCAGGCUAGUAUCCGCAAGACCAGGAACGGGAGGGAACGACGAGCUAUAUACGGUGAUCUGAGAGAGCUCCGCAAGGAGUUUAGAGAGCGUGAGUCGAAAUGCGUUGAUAAUAUCGUCUCUGGUAGCCAGGUGGUUCUCGGUACACUCCAUGGAGCCGGGGGCCAUCAGCUCAAGAAUCAGAAGUUCGACGUAGUACUUAUCGACGAAGCAAGUCAGGCCCGUGAAGCCCAGUGUUGGAUCCCAUUACUCGCUGCAUCCAAGGUCAUACUAGCUGGAGAUCAUCUUCAACUUCCUCCAACGAUCAAAUCCAAAGUCUCCAGCAAGCCGAGUGAAGGUAACUCUGUAUUAAGGGAUCAAACAGACCUGGAUACGAACGACUUAUCCAAGCUCGAUAUGCGUAACUUGGAGAUAACACUCUUCGAUCGCUUGCUCUCUCUCCAUGGCCCUGGGAUAAAGCGGAUGCUAACCACACAAUACCGAAUGCACCAGAUGAUAAUGGACUUCCCCUCACACGAGCUGUAUGAAUCCAAGUUAAUAGCUGCCGGUGCAGUCAAGGAAAGGCUCCUCAAGGAUCUCCCAUAUGAAGUCGAGGAGACAGAUGAUACCAGGGAACCGCUCAUAUUCUACGAUACUCAAGGUGGAGAUUUUCCCGAGAAAUCUCCUGAUUCUACUGGUAUACUUGCCAAAUCGGUCCUCGUUGAGAGUAAAUGUAACGAUAUGGAGGCGGCAGUUGUCGCGAGGCAUGUUGAGAAGCUGGUGUCAGCGGGUGUUAGACCAGAUGAUAUUGCUGUUAUCACACCUUAUAAUGCACAAGUUGCUUUGUUAUCCCAGCUUCUGAAGGAGAAGUUUCCUACCCUUGAACUAGGUAGUGUGGAUGGGUUCCAGGGCCGCGAAAAGGAGGCAGUUGUCGUUAGUCUCGUUAGGAGCAAUCUGGACCAUGAGGUGGGAUUUCUGGGGGAGAAGAGGAGAUUGAAUGUUGCCAUGACACGUCCGCGCCGACACCUGUGCGUCUGCGGGGACUCAGUGACUGUAAGCAGUGGAUCACCUUUUCUUAAAAGGUGGUUGGCCUUUUUAGAAGAAAAUGCCGACCUUAGAUACCCUGACCUCAGCGAAUUUCCGAAUUAA